AUGGCCAAGGGCCUCCUGAUGACCUAUGCCCUCUGGGCUGUAGGGGGCCUUGCUGGGCUCCAUCACCUAUAUCUUGGGUGGGACAGCCACGCACUGCUCUGGAUGCUUACCCUGGGGGGCGGGGUGGGGUGGGGAGGCCUAGGCUGGCUCUGGGAAUUCUGGAAGCUCCCAAGCUUUGUUGCUCAGGCCAACAGACCCCAGCGGCAGAGGCAGAGCUCAGCAGGGGGGACACACCCUUUGAGUCCCAUUCACUUUGCUGCCCAGAUGAUAGUGGGCAUUUACUUUGGCCUUGUGGCUCUCAUUUGCCUCUCCUUCAUGGGUAGCUUCUAUAUUGUGGGCCUCCCACUGGCAGUUGGCUUAGGGGUUUUGCUGAUGGCUGCUGUUGGUAACCAGACCUCAGACUUUAAGAACACUCUAGGAGCAGCAUUUCGUACUUCCCCUAUUUUCUAUGGCCGCCGCGUAGCCAUCCUGCCCAUCAGCUUGGCUGCUGGCAUCACAGCCCAGAAGCAUCGCCUCUACAAAGCUUCAGUUGGGUCAGAGAUGCUCAUUGUGAGGCUCUACUGCCUGGGCUUGGCUUACCGCUUCACAUGCCGGCUAGCGUACAGUGCCCUCUGCAACACGGCUGCCACCCUUAGCUAUGUGGCAGAGACCCUUGGCUCCUUCUUCAGUUGGUUCAGCUUCUUCCCCCUCCUUGGGCACCUGAUGGAGUCUGUCCUCCUUCUGCCUUACUGGGUCUAGAAGCUGCUGGUGGGAGAUCAUGGAUUCAGCAGCGGCUACUUCCAGGAGUGGUAAAAGCUCUAUGAGUUUGUUCACAGUUUUCAGGAUUAGAAGUGUCAGCUGGCUUACCAGGUUUUGGGUCUCUCGGAGGGGGCAACAAAUGAAGAAAUACAUUGCAGAUACCUGGAGCUAGAAGACCACAGUUGGCACCAGGCGGAAGAAGCUCAGAGGCACUUUCUGGAGAUCCAGGCUGUGUAUGAAGUCCUGAGUCAGCCCAGGAAGCCAAGGGCAACCUGCAGGUGAGAAGAAACUUCCCUUUGAGGAUGGACUCUUCUUGGCACAGCUGAGCAGCUUGUCCCAGCCCAGCUUUGCCCACAUGAGGCAUCCCAACAGUGUUAAAGAAACUGUCACUUGCAGUGGAGAUAAGAACAUCUUAAAGGGGUGAGAAAGCUUUUG